CCCCGCCCCCUCCUACUGAGCAGGCGCGCUGGUGGCACGUGACCGUCCGGGCUGGAGCCGCGCGGGGGAAAUGGCCGCAGCCGCCGCUCCGUCCCUCAGCGCCAUCGCUAACGACACUCAGAGCCAGGCGGCGGCGGUGGCGGUGGCAGCAGGGGGGACCGGUAAGAGCUGCCGCUCGGAAGCCAAGUGCGGCGGUGCUGGUAACGCCGGCAGUGGUAGUAGCCGUUCCCAGGCCGUUUUGAGGCAGCAGCAGCAGCAGCAACAACUCCGGCAGCGGCGGGACGAGGAGGAGAGUGAGCCCGAGGCUGGCGGCCCGCAAGCUUCAGGCUCCCCAAGUGGACACAGGGCCACGGGGGCUUCCAACUCCGGGCCGUCCCGCAACCUUCCUCAACAGCAGCAACAAGCGGCCAAAAGCUGCAGCGGGGCCCCCAGGAGCGGCCAGCAGCAACAGCAGCAGCAGCAACAACGGGGCCGGGAGGAGGCGGCGGCCGCUGUGUCCGCUGGUAACAGGAGGCAGAGUCUGGAGAACUCGUCAGACGGGGAACCACUGAGCCGCAUGGACUCAGAGGACAGUAUCAGCAGCACCUUAAUGGAUAUGGACAGUACUAUCUCCAGUGGACGCUCUACUCCUGCGCUGAUAAAUGGUCAUGGAAGUACUACUUCAUCAGGAAAGAAUAUCACAUACAACUGCUGCUGGGACCAAUGCCAUACCAGUUUCAGCUCCAGUCCAGAUUUGGCAGAUCACAUCCGUUCAAUACAUGUGGAUGGGCAACGUGGAGGGGUAUUUGUCUGCCUAUGGAAAGGGUGCAAAGUAUACAAUACGCCAUCUACUAGUCAGAGCUGGCUGCAGAGGCAUAUGCUUACGCAUAGUGGAGACAAACCCUUUAAGUGUGUUGUUGGUGGGUGUACUGCCAGCUUUGCAUCACAAGGUGGCCUUGCUCGUCAUGUACCUACACACUUCAGCCAACAGAACUCUGCAAAAGUCACUAGUCAGCCGAAGGUUAAGGAGGAGUCACCUUCUAAAGCUGUUAUGAACAAACGAAGAAGGCUAAAGAAUAAACGACGACGUUCACUACCAAGACCGCAUGACUUCUUUGAUGCACAAACAAUGGAUGCAAUACGACAUCGGGCCAUCUGCUUUAACCUGUCGACACGUAUUGAAAGCCAUGGAAAUGGGCAUAGUGUUGUGUUCCAUAGCACAGUAAUAGCACGAAGGAGGGAGGAUUCUGGGAAGGUAAAAGUGCUGCUCCACUGGACACCAGAAGACAUCCUUCCUGAUGUGUGGGUGAAUGAAAAUGACAGAUCUCAACUGAGGACAAAAGCAGUUCAUUUGUCUAAACUACCACAAGAUGCUGCUUUGCUCCUUGACCCAAACAUAUACCGGCCGACUGGCUCCUUACAACAUUAUGAACAUGGCUCCAUGGUUGACACAUGACAACUAAACUUCACUUAAGUCUAGAAGAAGCAGCACAGGUAGG